UGUGGUGCCUUGUACGUAAUGCGGUUUGUAAACACGUUAUUUUCACUGAAAGUAAACAAGCUGCGAACAGAUAUCCGUCCAAACCCGGAAGUGAGUACCAUCAAUAUAGCAGACGUCUUCUCUGACCGAUUGAGGUCUCCCUUCCAGCUGAAAUCUGUAUGCGAACAUUACGCUGGCGGAGCUGCGGGGGAUAUUCUCGGAUUAUGUCAUUUAUGUGUGCCAUGCGUCGACCAUUAUAGUGGCAAAAAAGCCGAUUCUGGAUGAGGCUUAAACCCUUGCUGCAGAGAUUGUUUACAAGAAUUGGUGAUUUACCGUAUACACGCCCUAAACUGGAAUAAGCAUGCUAAAGUUUUCAAAAUGAGAAGUAUCAGGUUAAAAACUUGUACUUUACUUGUUUUUGUGAGUUUUAUUACCAUUUAUGUGGUUAUGUACAUGCUGCCAGAUCGAAACAAUCAACCGCAGCUCACUCAGUAUCAACACCAGCACCACCACAGAGAUGAAAAUAUUAUUCCUUUCUUUAACAAACCGCAUGAGCCAAGACUUGUGAAACAAAAUACAGACUUUAAAUUACCAAUCAGAUGGAAGCAAGAUAAUGUAUUCAUGUCAGAAGUCAUGGAUGUGUUCACUGGCAACGAAAAGGGAUUCAAUGUUACCAGAGUGCCUGGAAUGCUGUAUCAUGAUGGUCAAUUCUUGGUUUUCUGUGAAGCUAGGGCACGAUUGGCAGACAAUGGAAAAAUGGCCAUCGUUUCUAAAAGAGGGCUACUGCAACCUGACAACAGUGUACAGUGGGAAGAAAGCAAAAUUGUUGUCCAGGUUGCAGGUUUGAGGACCUCUAACCCCUGCCCUGUGUACGAUAGGAUGAGGAAUACAGUAAUUCUGGUGUUUCUCGCAGUGGAUCCUAGGAUAGGAGAAAAAUACUUGAUGAAAAUGGGACAACAUCAAGUCACUGUUGCUGUUGUCAAGAGUCGUGAUUUUGGUAAAACCUGGAGUGACCCUAUUGAUAUCACAGGCACCACUAUUGAUACAAUUCAAAAUCCGCCAGUUGCUAUGUACGCCCCAGGACCUGGACAUGGAAUUCAGUUAGAGUCUGGAAGAAUCUUGAUUGCUGGUAAUCAUUAUCAAAAGGACUGGUUAGGAAUAGCUGGUCCACGAAGUCUACUUAAUAAUAGUGAUUAUAGUAAUGUUAUCUACAGUGAUGAUGGAGGUGAUAAUUGGCAUAUGGGUGGUAUUGUACCCAGCUCAAGGGACCUUGCUGGGCAGAAGAUAAUUACUAAUGAGGCACAGGUUGCAGAGCUAGAUAAUGGAGUUGUUGUCAUGGCAAUGCGCACCCUAAUGUCCCGUCAACCAAGAGCGCAAGCAUUCAGCUACGAUGGUGGCAUCACAUUCCAAAAAGCCGAGGUACAUACCAGCUUGAUUGAACCAGGUUAUAAAGAGAGCUACGGAUUUCUGAUUCCAAAAAACACUCCAGGCUGCCAGGGUAGUAUUCUCUCAUUUCCUGCACCUGCUAGUAACUAUGGAAACCAGAAGUGGGUACUAUUUUCGAAUCCUGCCAGCAAAACAACUCGCAAGUAUAUGUCAGUCAGGUUAAGUUAUGACAGUUGCAAAACAUGGAGUGAACCAUGGACAAUUUACCCAUGGUAUUCUGGGUAUUCUGACUUGACUUAUCUCGGCAUAGAUCAAGGUGUUCCAAGUUUGCCGUCUUUUAUGAGGGUGGAACGAUGUCAGAAGCCGAGAAAAUAAUGUUGAGGAUUUUCACAUUGGAUGCACUUCUAAAAGGAAUCGAUAACAAAAAGUCAGUCUUUGAGGGG